GGGCGGCUCCGUCCGUGUGACAGCUCAGAUCUGUCCACGUCAACACACCGAACACGGCGGCGGACAUGGACUCCACUUCUCCGGAACCUUCUCUGUACACCGUCAAGGCUGUUUUUAUUCUCGACAAUGAUGGAAACCGACUACUAUCAAAGUAUUAUGACCCUGAGCUUUACCCCUCCAUGAAAGAGCAGAAGAACUUUGAGAGGAAUGUUUUCAACAAGACACACAAAGCAGACAAUGAGAUAGCGUUCCUGGAGGGGAUGACCAUUGUCUAUAAGAGCAGUAUAGAUCUGUUCUUCUAUGUGGUGGGAAGUGCUCAAGAGAACGAGCUGAUGUUGAUGUCGGUUCUCAACUGCCUCUUCGACUCCCUCAGUCAAAUCCUCAGGAAAAAUGUGGAGCGUAGAUGUUUAUUAGACAACAUGGAAGGGGUGUUCUUGGUGGUGGAUGAAAUUAUUGAUGGAGGGGUGAUUCUUGAGAGUGACCCCCAGCAAGUCCUACAGAAGGUCAACUACAGGCUGAUGUCAGAGCCAGCCUAUGGCUUUGUCCUGUUUGAUUACAUCACCGGUAACCUAGAGGGACAAACAGAAAGAAGCCAGCUACUGUAGACAGACAGACAGACAGAGGGUGAGACAGGCAUGUAGUGAGACAGAUACUGAAAUAAGAAUGAGUGAGACUGAGAAAGUAAGAGGAUGAAGGCGAAGUGGGCGAGACAGCUGAGGUAAAUGCACGGUGAGACUAACAGAGUGGUUUUACAGAACAACACUAGUACUUUUCUAAAUGUUUUUUUCAACAGUGUUACAGAACUAUUUUCAGUGAAGGCCUGUGUGUGGAUCAUAAACCCACCAGCCUCUGAGGAAAUCUAUAAAAACAGAUCCCAAAUGUAAAGAAUCAUGUACAUUUCAAAGAGACUGAGUCAUUCCUUAAAGGUACAAGAUGUAAUAUGUGCAUGUUCUUACCCUGAGUCUCUUGUGUUUGUAUGACAACCUUAACAAGUUUGGACAAUUGGUGAUUUUUACUUUUUGCUGUAUUUUCAUGUUAUUUUUCGGCUAACAAUAGCGUGCUAACCAUUAGCAGGCCAGACUCGCAUGUAAACAUCACUGUAGAUGGGCGUAGAAAUGGUUAAAGCUGCAGAGCUCAUUAAAAGGCAGAGGUAUAUGAUUGCAUUUGUUGCAGGUAAUCAUAUUAGUCUCUUUAAAUGUGAUCUGUAACAAAUGAUUGAUUUCAUUACUGUUGCUGUUUACAUCUGUCUAUCAGUCCUUACUGAUAAAAGGCGGGUUCUGAACAUCCAUUGGCUGAACAACCUCAGUGACAUCAGUUGGCACCAAAUGUCAAGCAGCAAAAUUCAUACAGUCGAGUGCUGCAGGGGUGACAUAUCUGUCGGCUAAACCAGAAGUUAAUAUAAACCUGGUUCCUCCAUCAAACAGCAAGUGGGAUUUUCCUUUUGGCUGAUGUUCUAAUGGAUUAUCUCAAGGAACUGUCUACAUCGAUAGAUGUCCGACACUGCAUCAUCUGACUAAAUACAAGCAAUGUGGGAUACAGCUGAGCUGAGUCUGGUAUUUGUACAUUGUCCUUACCUGUUAAAACUGCUUAUGCUUCCAGUCAUGGCUUUAAAAGUAAAAUUCAGAGGUUGUAUAAAGCAGUUUUUAAGCAGUUUUGGGAAAACAGAGAAGCCACUAAGCCAAGUGCAUAACCAACCUGUGUACAUUUUAUUGACAUUUAUCUUAGUCUGCUUGUCAAGUAUUUACCAAAAGGUAGCACAAGCUAGCACCUGCAGAAGCUUAAUAUCUAUACAUCUGCAUCUUUGUACCAGUUUGUUAAAGAAGAACAAGUGUGUUUCAGCUCAUCAUGGUUAGUGUAUUAGUGCAGGUUGCGAUCCAGUCACAACUGAGUAGAACAUCCCUCUGGCCUCAUCUAUUUUAGCUUCAACUUGUCCAUUGACAUUUAGAUUAUUGCAGAUGAUAAAUCUUCUUUGUUUUUGAUUUCGAUUAAUUUUGAAGUUUCAAUGAAAAACUGAAGUGAGAUGUGAACAUAAAUGAACAAACACAACCUUUGUGUGUCUACACCGUCACCCCCCUGCCCCCCAGCUUUAACAUGCACUUUGAUUUCACAUGCUUAGUUCUACAAAAUCCUCACCUCUUAGUGUGAUCUUAUCCUAGUGAACAGAACAGUUUCCAAGAGCAAACACAAUAUGGUUGUAAAUGUGUUAUAGUGAGUAGAUGAGUUUUUGUAUUCAGUGUUUAGUAACUUAUUAACACAAAUCACAUUGUAGAAAUGCUUCAAAAUUUAUGAGUAGCGCAUUUAUUUAUGUAUUUUAACGCUAAAACUUCUGUUAAACACAUAUGUUGUUUCAGACAGUGAACCAAAAAUUAAUUUAGAGACAAGAAAUUGCAAAAUCUAAUUCAUGACCAGGUGUUAAUACUCAUCACUGCAGCACUUUGUUACACAGUGAAUGAAUAUGUAAAACUACAUUUCCUCUAGAGUACACGUCUGCUACAGCUUCAUUCUUUGCCACAUCAUUCACUGUCUGACAUGGUUCAAAGAUUAUAAUAAUGAACCAUGGCAUCCUGACAUUGACUCUAACAUUGCUAAGCAACUUUGCCAUCCAGUGUCAUGUCCAGCAGCUGUCAGCACCUCUGAGGCUCUGCUUUGGUCUUUUUAUGGUAUGAGGUAGGAAAAAUCCAGUGGAGACACCAAGCAUGUGUGCAGUGUUUUCCAGAGAAACUGUAGAUGCA